AUGGCCAGCGGAGGUCUGCAGCUGCUGGGCUUCAUCCUGGCCUUUGUAGGCUGGAUCGGCAUCAUCGUCAGCACGGCUAUGCCCCAGUGGAAGAUGUCCUCCUACGCCGGGGACAACCUUGUGACAGCCCAGGCCAUCUACGAGGGGCUGUGGAUGUCUUGUGUCACCCAGAGCACAGGCCAGAUGCAGUGCAAGAUAUACGACUCCCUGCUGAAACUGGAGAGCAGCCUGCAGGCUACCCGGGCUUUGAUGGUGUCUGGGAUCCUCCUGGGGAUCAUUGGCGUAGUCGUGGCAAUGACCGGCAUGAAAUGCAUGAAGUGCCUGGAAGAUGACCAGGUGAAGAAGAUGAGGAUGGCUGUCUUGGGUGGCGUGAUUCUCCUAAUUGCAGGUUUUGCCGUCCUUGUGGCCACAUCCUGGUACGGGAACAAAGUGGCUCGGGAUUUCUACAACCCUUUCACCCCCGUCAACACGAGAUUUGAGUUUGGCCAGGCUCUCUUCAUCGGCUGGGCGGCUGCGGCGCUGACCAUCCUGGGCGGCGCUUUCCUCUGCUGUUCCUGUCCCCGAAGAGAAACCUCCUAUCCCCCCUCCCGGCCCUACCCCAAGAGCACCACGAGUGGCAAGGACUACGUAUAACGGAGCGGGGAGCCGAAGCCGCGGGCAUCACCAGCGGAGACCGUUGUGGAAAGGACGCUGAGACGCUGCUGUCCUGGUCGAAGCAGAGUUCCAGCCGUCUGCAUUCAGCCUUGCUUUUAGCCCAAACGUGCAUGUUAUAAUCCUCCCCGUUACUGGACAUCAAUCCUCCUCCUUCUCCCACCCCACGGAGGGAGCCUAGCCGUGCUCGCUGGACCUGGGCCACCUCCAACCGCUUUCAUACCAGCUCUGCAGCACGUUGGGAGUGCAAGGGCGGGGGGAAGGAUCUUUUCUCCAGAUGACUUUUGGUGCUUUUUUAAUCCAGAAACACAUGGUAACAGUUCAGCUGGAGCCCACUAUGGGGGAUGUGUACAUAAAUCUAUAUCCUUUUCUAUGCAAAGGGGCUGCAGCAGUAGUAUCAAGAGAAAGAUCCCAACCAGGCAGGUAGACCCUGUUGUGAGAAGGUCCAUGUGUUUUCUCUGUCGUUUCCUAUUUAUCUCUAUGUCUGCUGCAGAUAUCAGUCCACAAAAAGUUGGUAGACUCACCCCCGCGGAGAUGAGCCUACCCUCCAAUUCUUUUGCAGGUGGUACAAGGCAGGUAGGUGCUAUUUGGAGCUGGCGGAGGGUGACUCUCUGGUUUAAUUUGCCUCGGUGAUUCAUUAGAAAGCGUUCCCUUUGGAGAAUGCUCUACAGUAUUGUGCUUCUCACUGCCAGAAAGGGUUUCCUUAUCUUGCUUACCCCACAUCUAACUGUGCUCAGGUUCACCCCGUUUUGCUCCAUGCAAAACACACCUACGCAUCACCUCUACCAGUCCAGCCCUUUACAUCAUUUUCUUCUUCAAAAAUCCCUCCCGGUCUAUCAGCAUCUUUCUGGUACCGAGGUGCGCUGUAUUUCAGAUGCAGCGGUGCAGAGAAAGCCUGCCUUCAUCCCCAGAGAGCCUUGCAUGGAUGUCUUAUAACCCUGCCUAAGACCCAAUUCCUCUACUUAUGCAACAACUCCCUUGGUUUGUAUUUCACCACCCCCUGUGCAAAAAAUAAUAAAAAUCUAUCUAAGCAGCUGUGCCCCAUCACCCGACAGGCUUGUUUCAGCCUUGCUGCUUUCUAAGAACUCAUCUUUUUAUUGCUUUCCAUUGAAUGCCUCCUACAUGUUCCCAGAUGUAUUAACAUGCCAUUUCCUAGGUUGGUUAAUGUUUUUUAAAAAGUCCCAUUCAAAUUUCUAAACGCUCUGGAUUGUUUCCCACUAGUUCUCUCUCCUCACUGAAGCUUGCAGCUCUUUUUUUCACCUUAAAAGAAUUAACGUGGAGUUUGCCUUUUCUUCCAGAUAAAUACAUUUACCCAAACUGAGCCCAGUGCCAGCCCGUAAAACCUUCCCCUGGAUGCUGCCUCUAAAUACCCGCCAAGCUGACUACACUGCUAUUUCAUCCCAGAUGGCCUUUCCCCUCUAGAUAGUUUCAGCCCAUUUCUUCAAGCAACCAAUCCAAAGUUUUUAUCCAAGCUCAUCAAAAAGAACUUGGAAAUCCCAAUGUUCAAAUAAUUACGGCAAGCAGCUGUCGCUGAGACAUGCAGCUCGUAAUAAAGGGCUUCGUGCCUUCCUCCAAAACAUCUGGUUCAGGUGGCACUUCUGACACAGGAGGCUGUGGGUCAGUUGUGGUUGGGUAAUAGCUAACAGGAUAGUGGCAGCUCAAACACAAAGCGUGCGUCUACAUGUGCAUUAAUGCACUUUAGUUAAUGCGCAUUAAAUCUAGUACCUCCAUGGUGAGGUACUAGGGAAAUGUGCAUUUGCCUGUCUUAAUGCACAUUAACUAAAGAGAACAGUUUUUCAGUGACGCUUAAUGUGCAUUGGCCUAUUUUAAUGUGCAUUAGCUAAAUGCCCCCUUUUUUUUUUUUAGGGGUGCUUUAAUGCUCAUUAAAAUAGGCUAAUGCUCAGUAAAGUGCAUGUGUAGAUGCACCCAAACUCUCCAUUUGGAAGGAAAGAAGCCAGCCUCUUCUAUCCCUGCUCCCUAAAUGCUGCAGAUGUGGAGAGGCACUUGCAUCUCCUGACCCCUUUGUAUAAAAAGGGUCAGCCCCUGGCACUGAAACGUGCCAAACUGCAGCAUGGGUGGCCUAUCUGAUCCUCAUGACCUAGCCGUGCUCUGACGGCCGCCUCUGUGGCAUGGAUCUCAGAGCCAUUCACGUGUCUGCUUCAGAUUGAAAUCCCUCCCUGUACCUAUUUCACAUGUAUGACUUCUGUUGACUUCUUGGGGGGACAGCUGUCUGUGCCCAGUGGCCAUCGGAUGAGCCCCCAGCUGGGAAAGCUUGAAGCCCCAGCUGCAUCCACGAGCGGCAGAGGUUGGAUCUUUUGUAUUUAGUUCUUACCCUGAGCAGGGAGCAGGCUUUUCUAUGGGGAACUUGUAUAAAGUGUGAAACUUUUUCAAUAAAUGGAAUUUUUUUUUAAGA